AUGAGCCAACCAAUAUAUCAUCACUAAUCUUAGGAUCCUAUCUCUAGCACAUAAAGCUCUGAUGGAGAAGAUUAUGUCCCAAAAAGAAUAGUUUCCAAAUUAAAUACAAGAAAAGUUCACAAAAUCCCUAUUGAACAAUAGAUAUAGUUGUUUAGAGAGGUAUUUUAAGAGGGAAAAUAGAUAAAGUAGGUAAAAUAUAUCUUUUUAAGUUUUAGGUUGCGAAAGCUUUGGAUCUCAAUUAUUCUAGUGCUAAAUCUCUUAUUCAUUAUUACAAAAAUAAUAAACGGUCAAUUCCAAUUGUUAUCAUUGAUGUGCUUAAUACAAAAAAAAUAGCAGGAUAUAAGACUUCUAAAACAAUACCUUAAGCAAAUAAUCUAAAAAUAGAAGUCAGGGAAGAUAAUAAGCUCAUUCAUUCCUACAGCUUUUAUGAACAUCUAGCAAAAAACGACUGA